GUGGUGGAGAGGACCAAGAAGGUAAGAAAGAUGGUGGUGGUGGUGGUGGUUAAUAUUCAGAAACAAACGGAAACCAUGAUAAAAAAGGAAAAAUAGGAGUCUUUUAUGAUAAAGAGGAAUGACAACAGUUUAGUUGCCCUUGUUGCUGUGCUUUUAAUGUUUGAUUAGUGGAAAUAAAUGUGUUGUGAACGAAGAGGUCAUAUACGACCGUCGCUCGCCAACAUACGUUUCAUAUUUACCAAUUUAAUCAACAAUGACAAAUUCAAACGUAUCCAUGUUUCCAUUAUUGUGCCAGGAAUAUUUCUGGGAAUUGAACAACCUGUUAAGUAACACAUGUUUACAGAACACUCUAGUGGCUUGGACUCCUGUUGGAUGGCUACUGAUCACUUCUUUCUUCUACAUUCCAUAUUUAAAAAGAAACAAGACCAUACGCAAACGUUUAUCCUAUCUUACAAUCACUAAAUUGACAGCCACCAGUUUAUUAAUCUCAGCCACCAUUACUUUCCUCUUACACAUCAACAUGAUAAAACACAAGGAUAGAACUGUCAUCAAUUUUGGCAAAGGUCUUACUCUAUUUUCACAGGUUUUAUCAUUGGUCCUGCAGUAUGCGGAAUUUAAGAAGAGAAUCUUUACAUCUGCUGUGAACUUCAUCUAUUGGCUGCUGGCCAUUUUUGAAAAUAUUGUUUGGUUGAUUGCUGUGGAGGAGCAGGCUGAGCCAGACAAACUAGAAUCGAUCCUGGUGAAAAUUAGCCUCUCCUUCAAGUGUGCCCUUUUCCUUUUAUUCUGUUUUUCAGAAAAAAGGAGUAAAAAACUUAAUCCUUAUGAAACUGCUUCCUUCUUGUCGCGUUUAACAUUUUUCUGGAUGACAAGUGUGAUGAUUCGUGGCUACAGACAGAGGAACCGAGACAAUUUCGUCCCCAACCUGAUGGAAAACGACACAACAUCCUACAUUCACUUGAAAUGCAAAGCCUCGGAGAAGACGAUGAACAUAUUUUCAUUUAAUUUCAGGAAGAGCAAAAACCAUCAUUGGUUUUCAGUUCUUGUGAGAAUGUUCUGGAAAGAAUUAAUUUUCAUCUUUUUAAUACGAGCAAUGUACGACAUUUUGGUGUUUGUAAACCCUAUCCUUCUCUUUUAUUUCCUCCCCUUUCUUGAAAGCAAAACACCAGGUCCCAAAUGGAUAGGUUACGUCUUCGCAUUCACAUUCUUCAUUGUCAAUAUAGCAAUGUCCAUGGCAGACCAAGCGGUUUACUGGAGAAGUAACAGGUUGGGACUGAAUGUAAAGACAGCAAUCAGUGAUGCCAUCUACAGGAAGUUACUGAAGAAGAGAGGUCAACUUUUACAGGACGUGUCCAUAGCCAACUUACUCUCCGUCGACACUGACAUGUUCCAUGAGUGUACUGCUUUCCUGUGGGUGCUUUGGUCGGCCCCGUUUCAGUUCAUCAUCUGUUUUGUCAUUCUUGCGGUGCACUUCAAAUAUGUCGCCCUGUACUGUGGCCUCAUCUUCCCUGCAUACAUCUUAGUACGGUACUGCCUGAAAAAGAUUGGUGAAUGUCAAGAGGAAUUUUUGAAUGAGAAAGACAACCGACGAUGUGUGAUGAAGGAAAUCAUGGACAAAAUAAAAGUUAUAAAACUUCAAGCUUUAGAGUCAAUUUUUCUGAAGAAAUUACAAGACAUCCGAAUAAAAGAACUCAGCUUUUUGCAAAAACGUCUUCUCUGGGAUGCCUUCAUUGCAACAAUCUCUGAAGUUCUUCCAUUUGUGGUGACAUUGCUGAUGUACAUGACUUUGUAUUUCAUACAAGAUACCGGAAGCCUCUCCACUGAAAAUUUCUUCAUGAUGUAUAUGGCUACCAGCAUCCUUGAGACCAAUUUUGUGAUCUUUCCUGAUGUGUUUGCUGAUUGCGCAAAGACUUAUAAAUCAUACAAAAGAAUUGACCAAUUUCUCAGUUCCCCAGACAAUGAUUUCACCAUUGAUAACUGCAAGGAUUUUGCCCUUGUCUUGGAAAAUGCUUCAUUUCUUGCUGCCGGCCUUCAAAACUUAAACUUGACUGUAACACCAGGAGAACUCAUUGUCAUCUGUGGAAAGAGUGGAAGUGGGAAAUCUGCAUUGCUCCAAUCCAUGAUUGGGUGUAUCCCUAAAACAUCUGGAUCGUUCAAACGGAAGCUCAAAGUGGCUUAUGCCCCUCAGCAGCCGUGGAUCAUGAGUGGAACCAUAAAAGAAAACAUCAUUUUUGGCAAGAUGUUCAAUGACAAACGUUUCAGUCAUGCUACCAAAUACAGUGCCUUGCAGGAAGACUUGAAUAAUUUAAAGGAUUCGGAAGAAACCAAAGUCACAGAUCAGGGAAUGAACCUGAGUGGUGGUCAGCGUUCCAGAAUUAACUUGGCCAGGACAAUAUUCUCUCGGCCGGACAUUUUCCUCUUGGAUGACCAGCUAUCUGCCCUUGAUCCCACGUCCAGUAAUUACAUCAUCAAUAAUCUGUUUGGCAAAAGAGGAUUGUUAAAUGAAAUUACCAGAAUCAUUGUCACAGAACCCAACAGUAAUUGGUUGUCUGAAGCUGACCAGGUCAUAGUGAUGGACAACGGCCAGAUUGUAGAGAAAGGAUGUUACAGACAAAUCCAGCACACCUCAAGCUUCAAAGAACUUCUCACAAAGCCCAGCACUUCACAACUGGAAAUAAAGUCAAUUGGAGAGGAAGCAUCAGCAGAUCAUCUUCAGAAGAGUUCAUCCCGAAAUUUGACCCCUACUUUUCAAAAACUAAACACCAGGAGAAACCGCACAUCAUAUAUUAUUUCCAUGCCCUUAACAGAGAGGUGUUAUAGCUUUGCAGAGGGCAGCGCUGAGAAAAGGUUCACAAGUUUCUAUAAAAGAGCACAGAUUAGUUCGUCAUACAGAAGAUUUGCACGGGAUCUUUCCAGAAAAGUCUACAUGGAGGGUGCAAGUAUGCAAAUGUCAUCCAUUGAAGCAGACGAUUCUCUUCAAAACUAUGAAUUGAAAUCUCAAGAAUUUCGCAAAUACUUGAAGAUUGUUGGAAUGUUUGGUAUUCUGGUCACUUUCCUGAUGGCUGCAUUCUACCAAGCCACCAAAGUGGUCAGUGGCUUGAAGCUGGAGGGCUGGACAACUGACUUCGCCAAUAAUACAGAGUCUAAUGACCUCUUUAUUUAUGGGUCGUUUGGAUUAACUCAAGCAAUUUGGCUAGGUCUGUUCUACAUCACCACCACCCUAUUUGCCAUCAGAGCCAACAAAAAAAUCCAUCUGCAGAUGAUCGAAUCUCUGUUGCUUUCCCCUCUCAGUUUCUUCUCUGAAAAUUCCAAAUUUCAAGUUGAUUAUGAUUUCUUCAACAACCUCGGAGAAAUUGAUGAAGAAUUAUUGAACACCUACAAGAUGUGGUGCAAUGCCUUCUUUGAUAUAUUUGCCACGUUCGUACUGAUAUGUUGUCAAUUGAAUUACCUAAUUCCUAUCAUUUUUAUCUUGAUUAUCUUCCUAAUCAUACAAAUGAUAAUCUACAUCCCUGUCGUGAUAAAACUGAACCAGAUGUACAAUUUGUGCUCCAGAAAUUUGUUGGAGCACAUUGCACAGACGGAAUCAGGAGGUGACGUGAUUGCAGCGUUCAGUAAUGAGAGCAGCUUUGUUAAGAAGAAUAAUCUGUGUAUGGACCAACUGCAGAGGUAUGCCCAUGCCAUCAUGACAGUAGAGAGAUGGUCUGCUUUCCUCCUCCAGUUUGCUGGUAGUCUUGUGAUAUUCGGUGUGUGUUUUUAUGCAGCCUACGAAAGAAAGGGUGAAUCAAUCGGCCUCAUUCUCACUUACUUAAUCAAGGUAUCCAAAUCUCUGGACUGGUUUGUCAGAAUGACCUCUCACAUCAUUGUGAUGAAAGUCGCUGUACAGCAAGUCAACUGCCUCAUGGGACUCAAAAAGGAGAACACAGAUUUUGAAGGCAACCCUUUCAAGAAACUUCCCGAAAACUGGCCAGAAAAGGGUGAAAUAGAAUUCCUUGAUUUCUCUGCUAAAUAUGAGAGUGAAAACACCUGUUGUUUGAGUGGAAUUGACCUCCUUAUAAAACCUGGAGAAAAGGUUGGCAUCAUUGGUAAAUCUGGUUCCGGUAAAUCUUCCCUAAUAAUGGCACUAACCCAAAUGGUCAAGUGUUCCCAUGGUAUACUCAACAUCGAUGGACAAAACAUCUUUGCCGCUGAUCCACAAGAUCUCCGCUCAAAGUUGCUGAUUUUUCCUCAGGACUGUGAAUUAUAUUCGGGGACUUUACGCUCAAACCUUGACCCCUACGAACAGUUUACAGAUGAACAGCUUCACAAUGCAAUGAGAACCACUGAGCUUGACUUAGACUUGUCUAAGGAUUAUUCUAAUGAUGCUGAAGUCAGUUCCGGUAUGAAGCAGUUGAUAUAUCUUACAAAAUGUCUGCUAAAGCGAUCCAAAGUGGUCAUCCUUGAUGAAGCCACAGCCAAUGUAUCACAGAAGAAGAGCAAACAGAUUAUGAAGAUUGUAGAGCAGAACUUCAAUGCCAGCACCAUAUUGUGUAUUGCACACAAACUGGACAUUGUGAAGAACUAUGACAAAAUUCUUGUGAUGGAGAAUGGAGAACCUGUGGAAUUUGGUCCACCACGGCAGUUGAUGUCAAGGAAGAACAGUUACUAUUAUAAUAUGGUUUUAUUGUCUGAGAAAUCUGGUUUGCUUGAUACAAUAUAUGAAUAAGAGUUCUUGUGUUGUGCUGAGAGAAAGAGAGAGAGAGAUUGUGGGUGGGGGGGAACUUGAUGGUAUCUACCAUAUUUGAUGGCAUCUAAGACACACUAGGGACACCAUAUUUCAUUGUACAACCAUAAUAUACCACAAAUUAUACCAGACGUUUUUAUAAGUCAAUAUAGUGUUCUUCUGUGUUAGCAGUGCUAUUAAAUUACAUACUAAGGUUAUCUCUACAGAUUUUAUAUAGAAAUUAUAACCAACACUGAUUCCGUAUCAAAGACACCUGAUGUAAAAUAACAAUGAGUUUGAUGAUGGAAAUGGGUAAUGGCGUAUAUGCCAUAUUUCUGGAGUUUUUGCUCCUUCAUCAGCUCCCAUCCAACUGAUUAACCAUCCAUGAACUUGUUGCUUAUAUAACUACUAAAUAUAGCGGUGUAACGUGAUUGGAUGUAUCAGUUUUACAUAUUGAACAUAUUCCUAGAAACUUAUAUGUAAAUAUUAAUGACAUGUAGGGACACCAUAUUUCGUUAUUCAACCAUAAUAUACCACAAAGUAUAUCAAACGUUUUUAUAAGUCAAUACGGUGAUGUCCUGUGUUAGCAGUGCUACGUUAGAUGUAUUCAGAUACGAAAUGACAUAACAAGUCUGCUGGCUAUAAUUUAUAUAGAAAAUCUGUAGAGAUAAUCUUAACAAGUGAUUUAAUAGCACUGCUAACACAGAAGAACACAGUACUGACUUAUAAAAAAAUUUAAUAUACUUUGUAGUAUAAUAUGGUUGUAUAACGAAAUAUGGUGUCCCUACAAGUAAAUAACAUGUAUGUACCAGUAGCCAGGAAUGUGUUUAAUCUGUAAAAUUGGUUUUUCCAAUAAGGUUACAUUGCUAUAUUUAGUGGUUAUAUAAAACGAUGAGUUCAUGGAUGGUUAAUAGGUUGGAUAGGGACUAAUGAAAGUGCAAAAACUUCUGAAAUGUGCAUAUACACCCAUUACCUAUUUUUCUAUCUUUCAUUGCAUUGUUGUUUACAUUUGACGUAUUCGGAUAUGAAACGUCAUAAUGAAUCAGUGUUGUCUAUAAUUUGUAUAGAAAAUCUGUAGAGAUAAUCUUAACAUUAUUUUUCCCCACAAAAAACUGUUUUUUUAAAAAAUCACCCCAGGGCCUAUGUGCAAAGUUAGGCCUCUCUGAAGCUAAGUUUUGACCCCAUAAUCAUGGAGGCUAUUUUCGUUAUUGUAAUUUCUUUAUGUUCAGUUGUAAUCUUCAUCUGUUAUCUUUUAUCUUUUGCUUGUUUCAGUCAUUAAACUGUGGCCAUGCAGGGGCAGCACGUU